GUGAUAAGCUAACUGCCAGAUAGCCAAUCAUAUUUCAUCAAAGCAGCACAGUGUUACGAAUUUGUUUCUAUUUAGUUUCUGUUUAUCUGUAAAACUGAACACAUCACUUGCAAGUUAAACGUUCUUGACGCUUUCACCGAACUUCAAACAUGAAUAGAAUUCUUUGUGGGUGCAUAUUUGCCGUUACCAUUUUCCUGUGGAUUCCAUCGAGUUACGGCAAAUGUAUGCAAGCAGCAUUGCUUGAAUUUAAGACAUGUUCAGAUGAUUUAAAGAAACACUUUCCAAAUACUACGAGCAAUACGGAAAAGGAGAUCGAAAUGAUGUGCAGUCCGAAUUCAAAAGUGCUGAAAUUACUAUCAGAUUGCAUGAAGAAAUUGACCGGUUGUGAAGAGUUUCGGCAGUACACAAAAUAUAAUGGAAUCGAUUUAAACCAUGUGAUUGAUGAAAUUCCUAUAUUGUGUAAAGGCAAGACUGAUCUCAUAUCCGGUGGAAGCUGCAUAAACAAAUUACCUGACGUGCAAAAUAUAAUUCAACCGCUUCUGAAGAAAGUGGCUUCCAUGAUGGUGAAGGUUAUAAAUAAGGAAAUAUUAGAAGAUGAAUACUAUGAAGAAUACUGUCCAUUAUUGAAAAAAACACUUGACGAAACAGCUGCCAGCUAUAAAUGUCCAGAAAAGGCUGAGAAGGUUGUGAAGGAGUAUUUCAAUGAUGUUAUGUCUAAGGACUGUCAACGAGUGAACUUCAGUGUAAAAACAGUUUCAAAUGGUUACUUCAUUUCAUUAUUAAUUCUUAUUGUUCUUUCACUUAUUGGCUAAAAACUAUAUUAUAUAACAACAUUUAUCUCCAUCAUAAGUUGCCUUAUUAUAAUUAAAAUAACAGUCUUUUACUGAGGUCGAUUUAAUCAACAUUCCCACAAAUUUAAGUAUUGUGCAAAUACUACAAAUUAAAUGUAAUACGAAUUAGUAGCAGGAGCAUGGUGGAUUGGUGGGCGGAAAUAUUACAGCAAGUGAUUUCGUCACUUACAGCUAUGUUCCAAGUUCAAAUCCUAACACUACAGUUUAUUUUGCUUUUUUAAUAUUUGGAGAUCAAUAUAAUAGAAUCGGUUCAAGUGAUGUAAGAAAAGAAUUGCGAUUCAUGUUAAAAUAAUAAAUACAUCAAAAUAU